AUGCACUACACCGGAGCUCUUAUUGCUGUAGAUACAAACAUUCUUAUGGGGAAGCUACAAAUAAUCCGGCACUUGUCCUUCUUAAUAGAGGAUGUGAACAUUAGCUUUUUUAUACCGUGCACUGUAAUAAGAGAAUUAGACGCACUAAAAGUACACAAUCCCAGUGCAAGAGCAGCAAUCCUCUUUCUAGAACAGGAAAAUGCCCGAGAAAACUGCAAAAUAUUUAUAGAACCUGCGAUUAUAGAGAAGGGAGACACAAACGAUGAUUCAAUAGUCAUUUCAUGCAAAAACAAUAAAAUACUCCUUUUACUAUCCGAUGACACGGCCCUCCGCCUAAAAGCGAACAACGCCAAUUUUGGCAUGCAUUCCAUGUCAGUAGAGAAUAAAACUGCCAGUGCACUGUACACGGAAAUUAUAAACUUCUUCCAAAUCUCGUUUAUGGAGUGUGAGAUGAAAGAUGACCAUGUAGGCACUAUAAAGAAGAACACUGCCUGUGUGGCCUCUGCUGUAUACUAUAAGAAAGUACUUCCCAUUAUGAAGAGAGAGUUAGGAGAGGAUAUGCUACAGUUUUAUCUUCCACCUGGUUUAGACCAGUCUUUAUCCUCUCUUCUGAAGUAUGUUGCAAAGAACCACCAUUUAUUCACGGGGUACCUGUCUAAGUCUUCAAUAUCGAUUAUUUCACAAUUCGCCAGUAAGAAAGUGGAUGAGGACGAUUUAAGAACCAUUCUGGAUAUUUUCAGUGUUUCAUUCCCGUGA